GAACAAGCACAAAGUAUCAUUUCUCCUGAAAUAAAUCAUACGAUCAAAAUUUCAGAGAACAAUGUUCGUCCAAAUUGUGACAAUUCCAGAAUAACACGAGACUCAGAGACCCAAGAUAUUAUCUGUCUAUAUCAAAAUGCGUGCGAUGCAGAAAAAGACGCAAUCGAAGCUAAUCGAAAAGAAAUUUUGUGUUGGUGUUUCUAUGCUAAAAGAUUCAAAAGCAUGGUUAAAGAUUUUAUGAUCAAUGAUAGAAUUGGUGAGAAAAAAGCAAAGGGUCGAGUAUACGAUUUUAUUAUCAAGCAACUCCCUGCCACCAAGCGUGGAAAUUUGU